AUGUCAAUGAAUCUCGAAUAUUCGGAUGCUUUCGUAGAGGAAAUAACCAAAAAAUGCACUCAUUUUAUUGGUCCACUUCGAAUUCCAAAAAGAAUACCGCCAAAGAAUUACAAAAGAAUAUUGAAUGUGUUACAAACUUAUUCGAGUGUUGUUGACUUGAACAAUAAUUGGAUUCGAUUAAUUACUGAUCAAUUUAAUCAAGAAGAUAUUGAAUUUCAAAAUGAUCGAUUAAUGACAACAUAUGUGGCAAAUGUAGGUUUUCUAUUUAUGAGACGAAAAAAGUCUACCAAAUUUUCGCAGCACAAAACUCGUUGGAUGUUUUUCUCAAUGUUUUUCACAAUUCUGACAAUGAUGUUCAUUUAUUUCUUCUUUUCAAUAUCCAAAGAAUUCAGCGAACGAGUUGCAAAAUUUAUUCGAUUUCGUAAAUAUUAUUUGGGUUAUACAAUUAUCCCAGUUUUUUGUUGUAUUAUGAUCAUUUCAAUGACUGUUUCAUUUGGAAAAGAGGCAACUAAAGCUGAAAUGGCUAUUAGAAAUGCGAGGAGUUGGUGGAAAACUGCAUUGACACGUGAGUUUUCAUGUUUUUUAAUGCAAAUGAGUUGAAAUAUUGUGUUCUAAUGUUAUUCAUAUGAUAGAAUGGUCUUAGACGAACAGAAUCAUAUAAAUUUUGAUGAGUUUACCUUAUCUAUAAGUGAUUUAGCGACGUUUAGUCAAUAAGCUCGCUAAAUCACUUAUGGAUAAGGUAAACUCAUCAAAAUUUAUACGAUUCUGUUCGUCUUGGACCGUUCUAUCAUAUGAAUUGCUUAAAAACAUGAAAAUGUCGAUGUCCAACUAUAGUUUACGCGUUCAGGUAAUGAAUACGUGAGAAAAGAGAGUUGGGAGGAGGUCGAUUGUUCAACAGUUUUGCCGCCUAUGGAUGAUAGUCAGAAAAUCGAAUAUGAAACACAGAUUUUUGGUUUUUCUUCAGAAGAAAUCAAUAGAGCGAUUGUUAAAUAUACAAGUUAGUUGAAAUUAAUAAAGAUUAUGCGUUUACGAAACGUUUUUUAACGUUAAAAACCCAAAAAAUUCAUUUUUCAACCAUUUUCUUAACACAACUGAAUAAAGUGAAGCUAAAACGCAUUUAAGGGCUUACAAAUUAUUUUUUUUUGGGAGAUUUUUCUUCCAGGCCGACUUUAUUCAGUUGUGUUAAGAAAAUGGUGAAAAAAUGAAUUUUUUUUGGGUUUUUAGCGUUAAAAAACGUUUCGUAAAUGCAUAAAAAUAGCAUUUGUGAAUCAAUUUUUGUUUAAAAAUAUUUCAGAUCGACCAGCAAAUUAUGAUCUAACACAAUUGCCAAUAAAAGCAGUGCUCAAACUCUACAAAAUUCACAACAUCCACAUUUUCACGGAAACCGAGAUAAUCAUCGAUCGAACUUAUGAUUUGCUGCGAAUACCCGGUGAAAAUCUCAUAAACACGGCAAAAUAUAGCAUUUUUGUCGUUUCGACGAUUUCAAUUUGCUUCACAUCGUUCAUUUGUUUGAUGGUGUUUUUGGAUUUGCAAAAUAAAUGUGAGUUGGCCGAGUGGUUUGCGUGGCUGCCUACCGUUUGCAAAACCAGGGUUCGACCCACACCCUGACCUACUCUCUUUUUUUGAUACGAAGUUGGACAAAUAUAUUUCAAAACGAUUUUUUUACACAGAUCCUAUAAUCCUAACACUUAUUCAAUUAUUCUCUCCAAUUCUCCUAUUUUUCAUAAUCAUUGGAUUCGUUUUCAUCUGGUAUAUUUUCACCUCAAUUGUUGCAAGUUAUACAGUUUAUUCGCAUUUAAUACAUCCAGAAAUUCAUCAAAAUAUCAAAUUCAAACGUGCUCACACACUAUUGUUUUUCCAAAGUUUGGCAACACAUGAGAAUUUUGAUAUGGUUAAUGAGACAUAUGCGCAGUUUAAUGAAACAAAUUUGUCGAUUUUUGAUGUUUAUCCACGAGAUGUUAUUCACGAAUUGUUGAAAAAAACGAAUGAAACAUCAGCGGAGAAUUAUAGAAGCUUUUUCAUUGAUUGUGUAUGUUUUCUAGUAGUUUUCGACCCGCUGAUUACGAUUCCGCUGACUGAAAUUGCAAAGCUCAACUCCUAACAUGAGUUAUGACGUAGCGGGAAUUUCGAAAAUUUGAUUUGGGAGGUCAAAACUCGCUUCUAAAAUUGUUUUCAUCAAAAUCUGAUGGUAUAGCAUUGUUCGGAAGGCUCGAUUACAUAAGUUUUCAUUUUGUGAUCAAUAUUGAACAAUUGUGAUCAAUUUUGAACAAGUGCCAAAUCAAAUUUUCGAAAUUCCCGACACGCCAUAACUCAUGUUAGGAGUUGAGCUUUGCAAUUUUAGUCAACGGAAUCGUAAUAAGCGUGUUGAAAACUAUUAGAAAACAUAAAUUUCAUUAAAAAUCGCAAGUUGAAUGAUGAAAACUAAUUUUCAGUAUAAAAAUGAAAGUAAAUGCACUUAUAAAAGCAAGGAUCUUAUCCUAAAAUCCGAUGAACUUUUUCUCAUCGAAGCUCUACAUGCACACGAGUUUGGAGUUUCAGCAAUUAGCUAUUUGAGAUAUUUAUCAUUUUUCAAACAAAACACAUUUGUACCAAUUGCUAGUUUGGUUUGGGAAAUUCGUGAGUUCAUUAUUAUUCAAAAAAAAAAAGAAUUCUGAGAAAUUGGCAUGUUUUACAGUUCCCCUACCAGCUUUGAUAUUUUUCAAUCUGAUCUUCAUUCAUUUCGCCACUCCAUUGAUUCGUAAGAAAUCGGAUGAAACAAGUUCGGAUGGGUUUAUGUGA